AGACUUUAUGCAGAGUGAGGAUGUAGUAUCUCCCCCUGGGGUCCAGAAGGUGCUCAUGUUUAUGAAAGCGGAACAGAAGAUCCUCAACAAGAGGAGGACUGACUUAAUUGAUCAGCUAAGUGAUCUGCAGCCUCCGGCCUCCACCAAAACAGCAGUGUACCAGUGGAACAAGAACAUUGUGGCCGUCACUACAGAGAUAGACUCUGUGAAUCAGGUGCAUAUGGCCAAACUCCACGAUGAAUAUGAGCAAGUAUGUCAGAAGUGCCUGGAGAGAAUCGAUUCCAUCAAG